AUGACGGUUUUGAACGGGCAUGUGGUCGUGUGCCUUUUUGCUGACCGUGAUUCACCCUUAAUUGGCUUACGAAAUUUUAUUAUGCCUCUACGGGCCUCUAAUUUCCACUAUCAUGAGCUGAAACACGUGGUGAUCGUUGGUGAUUUGGAUUAUCUGCGGAAAGAAUGGAAAACGCUUUACAAUCUGCCGAAAGAUCUCCAUUUUAAACGGGAUAAUCUCUCACGCCAUAGAAGAGUGGCUGUUUUUGUUGGACGUCGCCACGUGAAGGUGGAUCGCCUUUGUCGCGAGCGGAUUUACGAGCGGUUAAUAUUAAUCUCUGUGAUAUGUGUGAUCAUAUCGGCUCGAGUGCCGAACACUGAGGACACAACGCUUGCCGAUAAGGAGGCGAUUUUAGCAUCGCUGAAUAUCAAGGCCAUGCAGAAUAUUCGCGGCAUAUUUCAGUUCGAUGAUACGCUUGGAUUCUUUCCGCUACGUGGUGGUGAUCGUAGUCCGUUGGGAAGUCCAAUCAGUAUGCAGAAGAAAGGAGCAAGAUUUGGCACAAACGUUCCUAUGAUCACUGAACUAGUUAACGACUCAAACGUGCAGUUUCUUGACCAAGACGACGAUGACGAUCCAGACACAGAGCUCUACUUGACACAACCGUUCGCCUGUGGCACGGCGUUCGCAAUUUCUGUUCUUGAUUCACUAAUGAGCACCGUAAACAUCAUUUCAAAAACGAUUAUCGGCUUGACGUUGAUCCGACCCUGGUUGACGGGCGGUGCCAAUCACCCGGAGAGUUGGAUGUAUCGAUACCUCGCCGAAGGAGCUGGUCUUCGAGGCGGUUACAGUACACCGGAAACACUGUCGAACCGUGAUCGAUGCCGAAUUGCUCAGAUCGCUCUACAUUCCGAAACGCCUUUACGAGGACCUUGGGUUGCCGAUAAUUUCCAAUCAUCCUAUUUCGCUUUGCUUUUCAUAAAUUGUAGCAUUUCAUCACAACAACUUACGGCCAGAUACAUCACAACGUCGUUGAAAAAAGUGUACGUGUUAGAGCAGUUCGAUCCAGGCCUUGAAUAUCGAGCCAGGAAAACGGCAGUUUUGAUAUUCCCAAACCUGGUUACGGAUACAGUUUGCUCAAGAAGAAGUCUUGGUCCUCCACUGGACCACGUUCCUCUCGUUUGGGAGGAUUUCCCAUCAGUAUUUGCCUCGAACAUGUGA